AUGGCACACAAAGCCCAGACAGCAGCCACACGGUGGGGACUCAGGAGCAUCUUCCCUUCCCUGGUGGCUCUGCUCAUCGGCACCAUCAUCCUCGCCGCCAUAUACCCCGCACAUUACGGCGAGAAGCAGCUAUCAUUCUUGCUGGGCAGAGAUAGAGAACCGCUCUUCUCAAACCUGACCGACAUUGCACCAUCGCCGGCGACAUCGUCGUUUGAGAAGCAGCUAUCAUUCUUGCUGGGCAGAGAUAGAGAGCCGCUCUUCUCGAACCUGACCGACAUUGCACCAUCGCCGGCGACGUCGUCGCUGUGCGACGUGUUCUCGGGAAGUUGGGUAUUCGACAAUGUGUCGCGCCCCCUAUACAAGGAGGGACAGUGUAAAUACAUGUUGGGCCAACAGGCUUGCGGGAAGUUCGGGCGGAAGGACUUGAAGUACCAGCAAUGGAGGUGGCAACCCCAUGGUUGUGACCUUCCCAGGUUCAAUGCCACGGCGCUGCUAGAGAGGCUAAGGAACAAGAGAUUGAUGUUCGUGGGGGACUCUCUCAACCGAGGUCAAUGGGUUUCUCUCGUUUGCAUGGUGGAGUCGUCUAUCCCUAAGAAGCGAAGAUCCUUCUCAAGCCGUCGCCCUGCCAGCAUCGGCUUCAAUGCCCUUGACUAUAAUGCGACCAUUGAAUUCUAUUGGGCACCGUUGCUAGUGGAAUCCAACUGUGACGAUCCAAUGAACCAUCACCUAGACAACCGGAUCGUUCGAGUUGGGGCCAUUGGAAAGCACGCAAGGCAUUGGUCCGACGUGGACAUCCUCAUCUUCAAUUCCUAUCUUUGGUGGAGGGAAAGUCCCGAGAUCAAAGUUUCAUGGGAAUCAUUUGUCGGUCCUGACAAAAAUUAUGAGAUGAUGAAAAUGCUUCGAGCAUACAAGAUCGCUUUAAACACUUGGUCAGAUUGGAUCCAAGUUCAUGUAAACAGUUCGAAGACCCAGGUGUUCUUCAAUGGCAUGUCUGCAACUCAUGAAAGAGCCGAGGAUUGGGGUGGGAUUGCUGAUCACAACUGCUUCGAAGAAACAGAACCGAUCACUGAAGGAGGGUAUAGGGUAAGAAGGUCGACUCGCGGGAUGAUGCACACACUCCGGAAGGCAGUCAACAAGCUCCAGAAAAGAGGCCUCAACGUACACGUGCUCGACAUCACGAAGCUCUCGGAGUAUCGCAAGGACGCACACUCAUCCAUUUAUAAAGAGCAAACCAAAAACCUCACUCAACAUCAAAUGGCAAACCCUGUCACCUACGCAGAUUGCUUCCAUUGGUGCCUUCCCGGACUGCCGGAUGUGUGGAAUGAGCUCUUGUAUGCCUACAUUUUACAUAAUUAG